GAAAGUUUCCACCAUGGCGGCCGACAGGCAACAUCUCUCUACCGCAGUGCCGCUCCUCUUCCUCCUCGGCGGACUCUCUGCUUUCCCCCUCGGCCCGGAGAAAAGCGCGGGAGUCUCGUGCGGAUACGAGUCAUGUCACCCCACCAAGCCCGACAUGCUGAACGUCCACCUGGUUCCUCACACACACGAUGAUGUGGGCUGGCUGAAGACUGUGGACCAGUACUACUAUGGAGAUCGUAACGACAUCCAGCACGCCGGCGUCCAGUACAUCCUGGACUCGGUGGUGGACCAGCUGCUGAAGAACCCCGACCGGCGCUUCAUCUACGUGGAGACGGCGUUCUUCUUCCGCUGGUGGAAGCAGCAGAGCCCCGCCAUGCAGGAGACGGUCAAGCAGCUGGUCAACGAAGGCCGUCUGGAGUUUGUGAAUGGCGGCUGGUGCAUGAGCGACGAGGCCACCACGCACUACAGCGCCGUCAUCGACCAGAUGACCAUGGGCCUGAGGUUCCUCAACGACACCUUCGGGCCGUGCGGGCGACCCCGCGUCGCCUGGCACAUCGACCCCUUCGGCCACGCCCGGGAACACGCCUCCAUGUUCGCACAGAUGGGGUUCGACGGCUUCUUCUUCGGCCGGGUGGAUUACCAGGACCGCGCUCGCCGCAUGCUGGCCCGGGAGCAGGAGCUGCUGUGGAGGGCGUCGGACAGCCUGACCCCCCCGCUGGCCGACCUCUUCACCGGGAUCCUGCCCAACGGCUACAACCCCCCCGAGGGCUUCUGCUGGGACCAGUCCUGCGACGACCCCCCGAUCCGGGACGACCCCGACCUGGAGGACUACAACGUCAACGACGUGGUGCAGCGCUUCCUCAACAUCGCCAACAGCCAGUCCAAGGUCUAUAAAACCAACCACAUCAUCAUGACCAUGGGCUCAGACUUCCAGUACGAAAACGCCAACCUGUGGUACAAGAACCUGGACAAGCUGAUCCGCUACGUGAACGCCAGGCAGGCGAGCGGCGGCCGGGUCAACGUGCUGUACUCCACGCCGUCCUGCUACCUGCAGGAGCUGCACCGGGCCAACCUGUCCUGGGCUUUGAAGACGGACGACUUCUUCCCGUACGCAGACGACGCCCACGACUUCUGGACCGGAUACUUCACCAGCCGGCCGGCGCUGAAGCGCUACGAGAGGAUCAGCAACGGCAACCUGCAGACCUGUAAACAGCUGGAGGUCCUCGGGGGCCCGUUCUCCAGCACGGGGCCCUUUGGACAGGACGACAGUCUGACGCUGCAGCGAGCCAUGGCGGUGGCUCAGCACCACGACGCCGUGUCGGGCACCGAGAAGCAGCACGUGGCCAACGACUACGCCCGGCGGCUGGCCGACGGCUGGCGGCGCUGCCAGGUGGUGGUCAGUAACGCUCUGGCGGCGCUCAGCGGCUCCAUGGCGGAGCGCUUCUACUGCGACGGCCUGAACAUCAGCGUGUGUCCGAUCAGCGAGUCCAGCAAGCAGUUCUCCGUCAGCGUCUACAACCCUCUGGCUCGGCCCGUCGUCUGGCCCGUCAGGCUGCCGGUCAACGGCACGGCAUACCUCGUCUCGGACGCCGGCGGCAGACCGGUGGACAGCCAGGUGCUUCCCGUGUCCAGAGCCACUCGGGAGGUGAGGAGGAGCCGAGGCUUCGCCGUCAACGAGCUGGUCUUCCAGGUCCGGGCCCCUCCGCUGGGCUACACCACCUACUCCGUCACCCUGCGGACGGCUGGAGCUCCGGCAGCGGCGGUGCAGCGGCGAGCGGCCGCCUCGAUCCAGAACAAGUUCCUAAAAGCCACCUUUGACCCCGAGACCGGACUCCUGAGCAGCUUCAGCAACCUGGAGACCAACCAGACCGUCCAGCUGACGCAGAACUUCUACUGGUACAACGCCAGCGACGGGAACAACUCGGCCAGCGACCAGCCGUCUGGAGCCUACAUCUUCAGACCCAACUCCUCCACCCCCUUCCUCAUCAGCAAGACGGCCAAGACGGAGAUCGUCCAGGGCUCGGUGGUGCAGGAGGUCCGGCAGUGGUUCUCGCCCUGGGUGUCCCAGGUGGUGCGUCUGUACGCCGACAGCAGAGCUCUAGAGCUGGAGUGGACGGUGGGACCGCUGCCCAUCCAGGACGACCUGGGGAAGGAGGUGAUCACCCGGCUGGACUCCAGCAUCCAGACCGGCGGCGUUUUCUACACCGACUCCAACGGCAGGGAGGUGCUGCAGAGGAAGAAAGACUUCCGGCCCACCUGGAAGCUGCGGCAGUCGGAGCCCGUCGCCGGGAACUACUACCCCAUCAACUCCCGGGCGUUCAUCAAGGACGACGAGGACCAGCUGACGGUGGUGACCGACCGCUCCCAGGGCGGGGGAAGCAUCCGCAACGGCUCCCUGGAGAUCAUGCUGCACCGCCGGCUGCUCUACGACGACGUGCGCGGCGUGGGCGAGCCGCUCAACGAGACCUCGCACGUCUUCCCCGACGGGCUGGUGGUCCGCGGCCGCCUCCUGCUGACCCUGGACCGGCCGGCCGCCGCCGCCGACACGCACCGCCCCCUGGCGCAGCAGGAGGUGCUGCAGCCGCUGCUGACCUUCACCGAGGGGGCGCCGAAGCCCGACACCCAGCUGGAGUUCUCCGGGCUGCAGGCCGCGCUGCCCCCUGCUGUCCACCUGCUGACGCUCAGCCGCUGGGACGGCGACUCGGUGCUGCUGCGGCUGGAGCAUCAGUUCCAGAGCUGGGAGAGCGACGUCGGCUCGCAGCCGGUCACCGUCAGCCUGCAGAAGCUGUUUGCCACCAUGGACGUUCUGGGCGUGUCCGAGCUCAACCUGUCGGCCAAUCAGUGGAAGGACGAGAUGCAGCGCUUCCAGUGGAGGCCUGAGGAAGAGGAGCGCCCCCUGCUGAAGCCGCUGGAAGACCCCCCCAGCUGGGAGGUGACCCUGAAGCCCAUGGAGAUCCGGACCUUCGUCCUCAGAGUCCGCCUCAGAUAAACCGUCAGCGAUCGAACAGAUGAAACUGAAGAGUGAAGAAAAUUCAGACAGAAAAUCACGAUUUCCUUUUAGCGUCCCGUUUCACAAAGACAUCUUUGUGGAUAUUUUUAGCCUUUUUAAACACACACACACACACACACACACACACACACACACACACACACAGCUCCUGUUUGUGGUGCCAACACGUUCUGUCUGCCUCGUGUGCAAUAAGUGGGACUUCUGUCUUCCUGCCAAUCUGUAAAUAAAUGAACUUUUAGAGUGAUUUUUCUACUGAUCGCCAAGCAGCUGACAUUAAAAUCUGUUUUUCUUUACUUUG